UUUUUUUCUCAGCACAAACUUUUUUUUAUUUACGAAACCUAUGUCCAACGCCAGUGGCGAAAUCCAGGAUUGCACGUUUUCCAAUUCUGUCGGCUUCCGUUUCUGCAGGCCUCGAGGUUGCUCUUGGUCUUCAGGGUGGGGACGCUUGGCAGUGGCAAGGUCGUUAAAUGUGUGCAGGUAGAGGAAACGUCUCUCUAAACUGUUGUGUGCAGAGCGGCUUUCACUUUUGCUACGACCACGUUCGCGCUUUGGUCUACGUAGAAUACAGAUCGAAGUAUGGCAGCAAACCUUCUUACCUUGUUCACGUGUUUUUCUCUUUUAAUUUCUUUGGCGUUGAAUGGGGUGGCUUACGAUCCGAACGACAAAUCGCUGAAGGAUAUUCUGUUACCGGAAGGACAGUUCGAGGCAUUCUACUUGAAAGGGUCGCAGGAGGAAGAACAGAACGCCGUAAGGCCUCCGCAUUUGCAUGGCUCGUUUCAUCAAUACAAGAAUCCCGCCCUAGUCAGCGCACCGAACAGCGCUGCGUACGGUUUUCGCUUCGAUGGAAAGCGCCGUUUCAAUUACAAUUAAACGAAUCUAUCGAGAUUUGCAAUUGAAUAUAAUGCCACGCACAGAGAAUCUUCGCUGCGUUCGUAGCGUUCCGUGAUAUGACUCUAUUAUCUCUCUAUUAUCAUUUAGUUGUAUUAUGCAUUAGAGAGAUGCUAUUUAUUCAAUUGCAGCGACCAAGUUUCACGAUUAGAUCCCUCCUUCCUUUUUUUCUUUUUUCUUCAGGUAUAUAUUACUUCAUUAUCGAAACCGUGAAAAAAGCUUAAGUCGUUUCGCAGUAUGGCCAUCGAAACUUUUACGGCUAAUUGGGAAAAGUUUAACGAUAAACUAUCUGUGUGCGUAAGAAAUAUCAUCAACAUCGAAGUCAAAUUCUUGGAAUUACAGCUAUACUUUCGAUAAUUGAAAAUAAAUUACUCUUAAAUUGUAUCAUAUAAAGAAACGACAAUAUGUAUCAAAUUCCGUGAUCUACGACAAUUUACUAAAAUGUAGAACGCACGAUUUAAUUGGAAAUAAAAAAAAAACAAACCCUCUGUACAUCGCAUUAAAUUCAAUUAUGUACUUCGCAAUUUUCCAGUUUUCCCUGUCAUCGAGACGUUUUGCGGGACAUUUCCCAGGGGACCUUCUUUUUUUUGUUUUAUUAAAAACAAGAAAUUCUCGGACGCGAUCCACAUUCAUUUUCAACAAUUCCUUAUUAUA